AUGGCCGAGUUAACUUAUGAUUUUAACAUGAAUAGAUUCAAAAAUCGCCUGGAGACCUUCAAAGACUGGCCCUUUACGGAAGAAACGGGAUCUUGUUGUACUGCGAUGAAGGUAAGGAGGUCACUGCAGAAAACAAACCUUUACGUCAGUAAACUCAUUAAUUACUUCGUUUGUACUGUUCUCAGAUGGCUGAAGCAGGCUUCUUCCACAGCGCGAAUGAUUCUGUUGAUGUUGCACGUUGCUUUGUUUGUCUCAAAGAACUCGAAGGAUGGGAGCCUGAGGACAAUCCAUUGUACGUAAGCUCGACUAUAAUUUGAAUAUCAGACAUGCAUAUCAGGCAGCUUACAUGUUCAGUUGUUGGUUAUCGGCUAAAGGAUGAGGUUAAUAUAUUAUCAUAACGAGUUUUAAUUUUGUAAACGAAGUUGAAAGGAUAAUUGUUGUGUCACUUAAAGACCAAAAAUAAACAGUUCCUUAAAAAUUAUUUUAAUUUGAAAUUAAGGUACUGAAAUUCUGAAACGCGUUUCACAUGUUAAGCUUAGUUCAUUUGUAUUUUCAUCAUUUUCUCAUUGAUAAUCAUGCUCCUAAUUAUUUGACAGCCGAAGUUAAGAUUUCUUUCUGUAUAUUACUUCCCUUUUUGAAAAACAAUGAUUUCCAUUCCAGUGAGGAACACAGAAAGCAUUCUCCGAAAUGUGAAUUUUUGUUGUUGAACAAAAAAGAGGAAGACUGGACAGUGCAAGAAUUUUUAGAAUUGGAAACAAAAAGGCAAAUGAACGUAAUGGUAAUUAUUUGAAAAAAAUUUUCAUCUUAAUAUAUUUUUCUUACUUAAUUUGCAAUUUGUUGAUAGAUGUAUGUAAGAUCUCUAAAUAUGAGGUGGUCCCUCACCAAAUUAAUUUAGUAAGUAUUCAUCUUCUGGCUAACAGAGUCUUGAUUUUGGAUAAUUUGGUUUUAUUAACUAAGUUGUAAAAUUGGCCAUCAUAUGGAGAUUCUAAAGCUGAUUUUUCAAGAUUUAACACUUCCUCCCUCACUCUGACAUAGGGCUGACUUUUAAAAUGUCAGCUGUAGAAACAGUUUAUGAUGGCCUAUUUACAUUCUCAACUCAGUUGAUUGAAUCAAUUUAUCCAGUAAAAACCCCACUGACACUGUGUCACAGUUUCUUCUGAAACUUACCCUAACCCCCUUUAUUGAUUUUGUAGUUUCUAAUCUUUCAUAACACUGAGAAGAUCUAUCAAAGGUGUUGUAGAACAGGGCUUAUACACCCAAGGAUUCUAGAUGCAUAAUACACAGAGCUUAAACCAACAGUUGGAGUUUUGAUCUUUCGUCAGAGAACCUCAAUAAUAACAUUAUGUUAUUAAAAAAAAGCCAAUAAUGCCUAUCAAUAAUAACAGAGUUAUAAUUCUCAUUUUGAAAGGUGCACAUUUAUACAUAUGAAUAGCAAAUGCUGUGCAAGUGGGUGAAAUGAAGACCUGUUCCUCAAUUGUACAUGUAUACCAGGAAAAGCUUUUAAAUUUAACUUUUCCUUAUUAACUUUACAGCAAAAGAUCAUUGAACUCAAGACAAAAGAAUUCUUGGAACUGGCUGAACAUGUCCAAAGUGAAAUGGAAAAGCUUGUUUAAUCUUAUGAUGUUAACCUGACUGUUUAGUAUAAGCCCUGUUUUUAGGAUUGAUAGAGUGUAUCUUAGAGGCCUCCUUUGCAGAUGAUCUCUUGUGUCACCUUAUGAGUUAUGAAUGACUCACUGAAACAUUGUUUGCAAAAUAUUUGCUGGAUUCAAGAGACACUUCAUAGCCUUUUGGAUGGGUGGUGUGACAAGUUAAGAGAAUGUCUGUGUCAGGAGCUAAUAUUGUAUUUGAUAAGCAAGAAAUUGUUGCCUUGCAUUCUAUUCUCCAAACAUUGUUCAUAAUUUUAAACUACAAUUACACAUGUAUGGUCAGUUUGUAGCUUAAUGUGAUAAAGUUUGAACUUUUCAUCAUUGCAAUAUGAAUUACUUUCUUACUUCCUCAGGUUUUUUAGUCUUUUUUUCAAAUAACUGACUUUCAGAGUUUAGUUCAGUAGAGUGACAUGUCUUUGUGCUUUGCUUAUUUAGGUUUAGCUUGAACAAUUUCUUUAGGUUGUUGAAUGGACUGGAAAAAUUCACUUUUCCACUCUUCAGCUUGCUUUUCUCCUGAGUUGUACAUAAUAUAGUUAUCUAUAUAAUGUAGCAUGUUCACUAUUAAAGAAGACAAC